AUGUCUGGGAUCAGUCCGCUGCCCCAGUACCCUCACAUCGUCCUCGCCCUCAGUCUCCUGGGCGAGCCCGACCGCUAUCACUGGUUCCUCUUCGUCCCCGACGCCGCCAGCAACAGCGGCCAAGGGACCAAGAUCCACGUUACAGACCUCCCACUCGCCACCGACCCUUCCGACGCCUGGCGUUUCGUAGCUGAACCCAAUAACAUAAAUGCCUCACCCUCUUCCGUGUGCGCAGCCGCGAUAGUCGGCAGAGUACCAGAGGGCAAGUCCGUUGUGGAUAUUGUUCAGAUCGCCCAGGCCGUCCCCUUGAACGAGGUCCCUUCCGCCGACGUGGGCAAGGAGCCCAAGUUUACAUGCCGGGUGUGGAUCAAGGAGGUUAUCAAGCAUCUGCAUGCCUCCCACUUCCUGAGGUGCCCCGACGUCGACGCUUUGGAGCAGGAGAUGCGGGGCUAUGCCAGCGUUGCCGUGGCAUCCAUAGAGAACGAUACCUUCGACAAAGCCUGCCUCGUCGCCGCUACGACUUGUGGCGGAGAGGACCCCCGUGGCAAUAUACCACGACACAUCCACCCCGAUGGAACCAUCAUCAUUUGA